AUGGAUGAAGGAGAUUGCCGAUUAAUUGAGGUGUUGGGGGUGAAGAUUGUGGAUUGGGAGAAGAAGGCUCUGUUGGUUUAUUCGUGGUUGCAGGGGAUCAGAGAGAUUCCUGUGGUGAAGGAGAUUGCGCCUCCUAAGGAGAAGAUGGUGGCGACGUUGCGGUUCAUUCGGCAGAGUGCUCUCAAAGCUUCCAAUCCUACUGUGCCGUCCUCCUGAAGAAGGAGCCUUUCGAUCUAGAUUUAGGCUGGAUUGCACUUUUCUAUUUAGCUUUGCUGUUGCCUUUUGGUACUCCUCCUUUGUUUCGUGGUAGUUGUUUUGGACCAGGACGAGGUCUGGUGCUUUGUUUCAUCUGGGUUGUCCCUUGUUUUGUUCUCGUGUCAAAGUAUUGAUUUCUUUUU